GCCCUGUAGAAUAUUAGACUCAAAUACAAACACCGCCAAGCCAUCCACCAGCCUCUGGCUUACCGCCCAAACAAACAGCCACACUCAAAGAACAUCCCGCCAUAAUGCCCAUCCCCAACUACGGCGUCUGGGUCGGCCACCCGCACCGCUUCCACGCGCAAAACGCCCACCAAGACCACACGACCCCCCACAUCAACCUGUUCUUACGCGACGGCCCCUCCAACCCCGACGACGACCGCGAACACGACCACCACAGCGCCUCCGAAGUCCAAGUCGCCAUCAACGUGAAAUCCACCCAGCACGACACGCGCCUCGUCUUCUGGUUCGUCCGCGACUUCACCCACCACCCGCUCGUCCACGAGCUCACCAGCCUGGCCCCGGGCUUCCACCGCAUCAAAUCGCACCCGGACAACGCCGACGACGACGACGAGCGCGAGCUCCCCUACCGCCACCAGCAGCACCACCCCACCCUCGUCGGGCUGGACUACCUGCGCACCACCCCGAGGUUGGUGGAUAUCGAGGCCGGCCGCCUCCUCCCGCACGACAUCCCCGGCAGCGAUAACGAUAUGCUGGAUGAGCUGGCGCCCAUCCUCAAGGAGGCGAUCCACCGGCGCGCGACGGCGUAUGUGUUUGGGAGCUCGUUCGGGACGGGCAUCCACGACGUGCAUAUGAACCAAGGGAGUCGGAAGGCGUACGAGGACGCCGUCUUCAAGGAUGGCGCGUUGGUGUUUCGGUUCCCCGAUGGGCGGUGGGAGGCGGUGUUUCUGGCCUUUGCGUCGCAGGCCGUGCCGACGGAUUAUCGUGGACGGGCGGUCGUUGGAGGCGAGGGGAGGGAUUUGGGGGAGAUUUUGGGGUGAUUUUUUUGUAAAUCUCGUGGGAUGAAGCUUGGAGGGGGCUAGAUGAGUGUGAUUGCAUUAUGAUCAGUCUUUAUAUAGAUUAUGGGACGAGAUAGAAUGGUACUACGAAUGGAACUGAUAGACAGCCAAGUCAGUUAGUUGCCCAGAAACCCUUUGCCAAACACCUUGUAUCCCCCGCCCUUGACGAAGGUCUGCUGCCACGGUUGUUGCUCCUUGUUCUCGGCCAGCUCCGCGAAGAGCUGCGCGUGUGCCGCGCCGUCGAUGUCGCCUGAAGAUGACCCGUCCGCUCUCCGCUCGUCGACGAAGUAGAACCUU